AUGCAAGACUUUAUCUCAUCUUCUUCAACUUCACUACUUAAUACACUUCAAAAACGCCUUCAUUAUAUAAUCCACAAUCGUCAAGAAUGGUGGGUUUAUGCCAUCUUUUGGCAAGCGUCGAAAGACACAAAUGGCCAUCUUAUUUUCUCGUGGGGGGACGGCCAUUUCCGCGACACUAACGAUUUAGCGCUGGCCAAAGUCCAUAUCGCUAACACAGACAGUAACGUUAGCGAUAUGGAGAUGUUUUAUGCGGUGUCAGCGCCAAAUUGUUUUGUGUCCGAGGACGACCUCAUCGUCCACGCUUAUAAUUCUGGCUCCUAUGUUUGGCUGAAUAAUUAUUACGAAUUACAACUUUAUAACUACGAUAGAGCUAAAGAAGCUCACUUGCACGGAAUUCGGACUCUGGUUUGUAUUUCUACUCCUCAUGGUGUUGUUGAAUUGGGUUCCUCUCAAGUUAUCCCAGAAAAUUUGGAAUUAGUCCAAUUAAUAAAGUCUUUAUUUGGAUUAAUAAGCAAUAAUAAUAAUAAUAAUAAUAGUCCCUCACAAGGUGUUUCAAGUUUUAAUUUUGUUCCUUUAGGAGAUCAUAUUCUUCAGAGAGAAAUGAAUACGAAGGAAAUAAUUAUGGGUAACAAAUCGUCCGAUUCAGGAAAUUCGGACUAUGAUAAUGAGUCCUCGGCUAUCAACAAGGAUGCUAAUUCACCUAAAAAACGAGGAAGAAAAUCCAGUUCGACAGAGCGAGCAACCGCGAAAAAUCACGUUGAAGCAGAGAGACAGAGACGGGAAAAGCUGAAUCAUCGGUUCUAUGCUCUAAGGAGCGUUGUCCCUAACGUGUCUAAAAUGGACAAAGCUUCUUUGUUAGCUGAUGCGGUUACUUAUAUUAAUGAACUCAAAGCCAAAGUGGAAGAAUUCAAGGCUAAAGUUGAAGAAUUAGAGUCCAGUAAAAUUAUUCAGAAGAGAAAUUAUUCCGUUACGGAGAUUUAUGGCGCUCAAAGCGCAUCUUCUGCAGUAGUUGAUCGUACGAAUAAUAUAAUUAAUUCAUCGUUCACAGCGUAUGGAAUGGAAGUGGAGGUGAAGAUUAUUGGAGUAGAAGCUAUGAUUCGGGUUUGUUCACCCAAUGUGAACUAUCCAUGUGCCAGAUUGAUGAACGUGUUGCGAGAGUUGGAGUUUCAAAUUCACCAUGCAAGUGUUUCAAGUGUCAAGGAGAUGAUGCAACAAGAUGUUGUCAUUAGGGUUCCUCAUAAUGUCACUAAUGAAGAAGCCAUCAAAUCUGUUAUCCUCACAAAGUUAAGUCUUGCUUACAUUUGA